AUUAAAGAUCUGAAGAAGAUAAACCAUGAGCUAAGGCAACAUGUCAUACAACUGCUUGAUAAGAAGGUGGAAAGUCAAACGAAUAGACUCACCUAUAAGAAUGAUGAGCUGUGUAAACAACUUGCUGUAAUUAGCAAACUAUCUGAGCAGCUGGAAAAAGAAAUACUAUUAAAUACUACUGAUAAGGAGCUGGAGGAAGCAAAGGUUAUUUUACAAAAAGAAGCUGAGAUAAAGCCAGGAAAGUCACCUUCAAGGCUUGAUACCUUUAUUAAGACAUUAGAAGAGCACAGAGACUACUGUAAAAGUGAGACUGAGAAUUCACUGAAAGUAUUUAGAAACACAUUUUCAAGUCCUAAGCAAACCUCUACUUGUGGCAUGAAUUCUGAUCCAGAAGUUUUGAAAAUAUUGAGAGAACGUGAAGAACUUAAAUCAACACUGAAAAAAUAUGAGCGCCGUGUGGCAGAAAUUCAGGGUAACUUCAAAGUUUUAACAGCUGAGAGAGAUAAAAUUAUCAAUCUUUACGAGCAGGCACAGGAAGAGAUCUCCCGACUUCGUCAGGAAAUUAUCAAAUGCCCCAGGACUCCUAAAAGUACUGUGACAGCUCAAGCUAUGCUAAGACAUGUGGAGACAGAAAGGGAUACAGCCCUGUCGGAUUUCCGCAGGAUGGCUACAGAACGUGAUAGCCUCAGGGAGCAGUUAAAGAUUUCCCAAGACACUGCAUUUAAUGAAAAGGCUCAUUUGGAGCAGAGAAUUGAAGAGCUGGAAGCUACUAUUCGAAAUUUAGAUAGUGAACGGUUAGAACAGAUGUCCGAAGUGGCUCUAAUGAAAGACACCAUUGAUUCUCUGGAAACUGAGGUGAAAAGAUUGGCAAGAAGAGCACUGGACUCUGAAACUGAGCUGAGCCGACAGGAAGCUGAAUAUGUUUCACUUAGUUUAUUGAAUGAAAAGACAGAAAAGAGUCUUUCAGAGACUCAGCAAAGCCUUGCUAAGAAAAAAUAUGAAAUGCAACUUGCCCAAGAAACAAUAACGCUUUUGGAUGAAAAAAUUGAUAACUUUUCAAGACAAAGUCUUGCACAAGAAGAGGAGAUCUGUGCUUUGAAAGAAUCAGUUGCACAACUUGAUAAAGAGAAGGCGACUUUGCAAGACUGCGUGGAAGAGGGAAGAGACAGGAUUGCUUCUUUUGAGGAAAGCUUGGCAAUUAAAGAGAAAAUAAUCUUGGAUUUCAAGAUUCUGAUUUUUGAGUUGGAGCGUUCCACAAAAGAAUCUACUGAAGCACUCUGUAUCUGUGAGAAAGAUAUCUCCAGUUUGCAUCAACAGCUACAAGAAACCAAGAAAGAACUUGCACAGAGUAACAAGAACAGAGAGUCUUUAGCUCAGGAGAAUAACAGGUUACAGGAGCACCUUUCUAAUAUUAAGCAAGAAAGCCAGCUACUAUGUAAAAAACUAACGAAAUGCCAAAAUGAGCUUGAUGAGAUGAAGUUGAAAGCCCAGGAUUCAAACACAGAUAUUGUCAGACUCAAGGGUGUGCUGAAGUCUAAAGAGAGAGAGAACUGUGAACUUUUGGAGAAUUACCACAAAGCCCGUGAACAAGGAGAAAGUUGGAAAGCAAAAUGCCACCAAGCAGAAGCAGAUUGUAGCUCUGUUAAACAGGCACUGCUCAGUGUGGAGUCUGAGUACUGCAAGCUGAAAGAGAAGAUGGAAUCCCUUGAAACAGAGAUGGGGCAACUACAGAGUAAGUGUGAAUCAUCCCAUUCUGAAAUAGAGCUGCUGAGAAAACAACUGGGAAAUGAAAGAGCAUCUCUGAAAGACCUGGAAUCUUUGCUCAUAUCCAAUCAUGAGAAACAACUUCAGUCACAGAUAGCAACGCAAGAAAAAGAUUCUGAAAUUCGGUUUCUCAUGGAACAGCUUUCUUUAGCAGAAAAUAAACUUGCUGUGCAGAGUCGAGAUUUUUCACAGCUCAGAAACAGAGCAGCUCAGCUAGAGUUGGAACUGGAUAUCACCAAAAGACAGCUGGAGACCGAGCGCUUUGAAAGGGAACAUGCUGUACGGGAGCUCCGACGCCAGAAUCGUACAAUCUCCUAUCAGUUAAGCUCUACCUUCAGAACAUCAUCACCUGAACAUUCCCAUCAUCGAUCUCCUGAUUGGUCUCCGGACUGGUCCCUGGAAGG